GAUUCAACAAACAGUAUCUAUAAGGCCCCCUAACGUGCAUAGUUAAGAGAGAAAGAGAUCGUUUGCGCGCGCAAAGAAAGAAAAAGAGAGGAAAGAAGAAAAAAAAAACGAGGACCCACUGACGAGUGUAUAGUGAGCGUGCCAUUCGCUGGUACGUCUGGCACUGACUGACAGACCAAAAUCAUUAGGUUCUCUCACACAGGUGGGGAGUGAUUUAACAAUCAAGACACCCUCACUUCCCAAAAGAUCAUUCACCUAACAGUCAUCGUCGCAUUGACACCUUGCGUUGUUGUUUUUUUUUUCUAUAUAUGAUAUAUAAACACCCGCGCUACCGCAAAGCAACCGAUUUUGUUUUUUGCGGUUUUAUUUUAUUCAAGGGUACAAUUUCUUUUUUUUUCAUUCUCCAGAGGAUAGUUUACUAUCUUUUUUUUUCGAAAUUGUGAAAAACAAAUUUUUUUUUUUCUACUGAAUUUUGAAUAGUGAUAAAUAAAUUUGGAUACGAAUUGUGAAUUUUCGUAAGGAACAAAUUUCUGUGCACGCACUUGGACCGAAAAACUCGCUUGGAGGAUUAAUGACUGUGUUUUGUUGAUAUUUUGAUUUACUUUUUUUUCCUAUCAAAAUUAAAAAGUGAAGGUGACUGAUUUUGUGAUUUUGAAAAAAAAUAAUGGUGCUCUUGGAAACAGUGAACAUUGUACACAACUUGUGAGGAUAUCACGAUUUUUCGAAAAUUGGGAUUUUUGAUUAAUUGCGAAUUUAACACGAAUUAAAAGAUGAACCAGCAGUGUAAGGUGUGUGGAGAACCUGCGGCAGGUUUUCACUUUGGUGCAUUCACCUGCGAGGGCUGUAAGUCCUUCUUUGGUCGCUCCUACAACAACCUGAACAGCAUAUCGGAAUGCAAGAACGGAGGCGAGUGUGUGAUAAACAAAAAGAAUCGAACCGCCUGCAAAGCUUGUCGACUGCGAAAGUGUCUCCUCGUCGGAAUGUCAAAAUCCGGUUCAAGAUACGGUCGAAGAUCAAACUGGUUCAAAAUUCACUGCCUCCUUCAAGAACAACAACAACAACAACAGCAGCAACAACAGCAGCAACAUCAACAGCAACACCAUCAGAAUCAACAACAAAGGCCAAAUCUCACAAGUCCAGUCGCAAUUCAUCACACACCCCGAAAGGACGACGUCCUCCUCCUAGGACUCGACGACUACAAAAAUUCCACAUCACCCAGCAUCAGUUCACCAGAAUCGCACAACAGCGACAGUUCCGUCGAGGUGUCCGAAAGGAGAGCCGCCUAUCACCAAAAUUUCCGACCACUCUCCCAUCUUCAUCAUCCCUCCGAUUUGUCAAAUCUGAGCAAGGAAAUAAUGGGCCUUCCCCUUGGUUUUCAUCUCGGUGGAAUGUCCCUUCUACCACCCGCAUUCCUUCCACCACCAAGUCUAUCAAUGUUCUCACCCUAUCAUCUCUAUGCCAAUUCUCAUGGCGCCACACAUCCUCUACUCAACAACAAUCACUCCAAUCUUCAUCAAACUUCACCAAUUACCAGCAAUACGCGACAUUCCACCGACAAUGAAAAUUGCACCAACAAUAAUAAUGAUCGAUUGGCGCAAAAUCACAAUAACAAUAAUACAAGAUCGAAUACACCGGACAGCGAUGAGCAUGACGAUGAAUUUUACGCGAAGAGAUUCUAUCAUUUGGAUGGAAUGCUGAAAAUUGAGAGAAACGCGAAGACUAAAUCGGAAAUUGAUUCACCGCCAGGAACACCUGAUUCUGAUAGUGCUCCACCAUUACCGCCUCAGGAUAAUCCCAUGGAUUUAUCAAUGAAGACAAUUAAUUCCGUGAAGCAUCAUAGAAAUAAUGAUUAUGUUGAUAUUGAUGAUGAUAAUUGCAGUGACAGGGAUAGUCCACCGUUGAAGAGAAGACACGUCGCUAUUGACCUUACAACACGAAUUUAAUCAUCUGUUUUCAACUUUUCUUUUGGACUUUUGUUUUUAACUUCUGUUUUGAACUUUUGUUUUAAACUUCUGUUCGAAAAAAUUCUCUGGCAUGAAUUUUUAGAACGAGGUAAACUUUUUUCGAAUCUGUGAUUGGAAGGAACAGAAUUAAGAAUUCAUGUCUUGAUUUGUCUUUCUCCUGUAAGGGAACAAAACUAAAAUAGUUUUUCCUCUUUUCUGAAGAAAGGGAAUUCUUCAGAAACCUUUGUUCUUUGAGAAGCCCACUGGCGUUUUUCCAAAAAUAAUUGUCAAAGAAACAUUCGAAUUUUAGCUUGCAGUCGAUUUUUCCGCAACUUCAAGGUACAAUAAUAGUUCUUGACAUUCGAAACAAGAACUUCAAAAAACCGAACAAAGUUUCAGAAAAAUGCAGUCAAUCCUGCGGAGUCCUUUGUAAUUUUUAAAAAUUAAGAAACAAGAGCUUCAAAAUCCAGACAAUUUUUAGAAAAAUCGAGUCAAAC